GUUGCCUUAGGAUCGACUGUAACUGUCAACGCCGAUCAAUUAGCGGUAUAAUGUCCAAUAAAGGAGCAACUAAAAAAAUUGGAUCUAAAGAUGAAGUCAAGACACGUGUCCGGUCAAAACCAAAAACGUCAUCCAGUAACGAAAACAAUACGGAUACAUCGAAAAAAUCAGAUCCUAAUUUUCCAAGGAAAUCUCAAACUAUUGAGCACAGAGGAGAUGGAGAUAGAGGAUCCAAAUUGUUGCAGAAUUCCUUGACAAGGACACAACUGAUUAGAAAUACUAUCAAGUCAUCCGCCGGAUCUUCUCAAGUUAAGACUGUCAAACAAGUAUCCUCAACAUCGAAAUCUAGUCCACUUAAUACUUCGUCUAGUCAUUCAUUAAUGAAGAAAAGUACAACUUCUAAAAUAAGACCUGAAAAUGUUACAAAAUCAAGCGAUGACAAUACAGUUAAAAAGAGGAAAUCCAGAGAACAAGUGGGAUAUUCAGAGAAGAGAGGUCAGAGUACGAUAUAUAUGCCAAAAUCGACUACAAACCAGCUCAAUAUUAAAUCUAACGAAAAGAUUGCAAUUCGAGCAUCAAAGGAUAAAGAAAAAUUGCAAGAUCACUCUGCACCUAAUCGAACUAAGCAACGAAUGUUGUCCAGAGAACGUAGGAAAUCCAGGACGUUAAGUCCAAGCGAGAUAAGAAUGCUACACAGUGCUAUAAGGAGACCAGAUAUCGUAGAAAAAGAACAGAAAAAAGAUAUUUUAACAGAUAGCCAUUCUGAUAUACAAGCAGACUUGAAUGAGGUGGACUACGAUUAUGAAGAUGAUUUUGAGGAUUAUGAAUCGGACUUUCAAGAAUGUACUGACAGCGAUACUCCCUCGAUUAGUGAAAAAUCAGAUAGCAGUGGAAGCAGUUCUCAUUUAGAACCGAUCGAAUUGCGUCUCCGAGAGAAGAAAAGCACGGAACACACAAAAGUCGAAGAGGAACAUAUGCUUGAUUCAGGACAUUACGAUCUAGCAGAAGCGAAAAAACGGGCAGCACGGGUAGAAUCUAUGCUUUUAACGCAAUCCAAUACAUCGCCGUUACCUGAAUUAAGAGAGCCAGUUGGUAAAACGUUUAGUGACGAUAGACCGAUGGAAAAUAAAUCUUUGCCGUCGUCCACUGAUGAAGGCUUCGAGGAUAGCCGUUCUGGGGAUUUUACUAGAUCUCCGCCGCUGUCGCAAGUACCAUUUAUCGAUUUUCGUAAAUCAAAAGAGAAUCACCGUGAAGAGAACUCGCGAAAGAUAAAAAGUAGAGGCGAAGAAUUGUUGGAAAUGAUAAAGCUAGACUUUAUGGAAUGGUCAUUAUUAGAAUGCAAUCCUAUACCUUAUGAUGAAUUCAUAAGAAACUACGGGAAAUUAAAUACGCAACAAGUGUUUACCCAAACCGGCGACGACAAUAUGGACAUUGAGAUACAAACGGAUGAAGUAUCUUGUAAGAACAAGUGGACGCAAUUUCCUGUAACUUGUAGAAAAGAAUUGCAUGAUAAACGAGAUAUAAAUUUAUUUAAAAUGGAGCAAAUAGGCGUCGGAAACGAUUUGGACGAAAUAGACGAUACAAAUUUUUUGUCACGACCAUCGUACGAUGUAUUGCGAUUAAACGAUUUUCUUAAUCGCGCGGGCGCGGUUGUAUUAUCGUUGUUGGAAGAGAGAGAACAUGGUGGCACCGUUUUUCAAAAUGAUGUGGGCGACUUAGCGUUCAGUGAUGGUUUCGUGAAGCUCUCUGUAGAUACAGUAACAUUCUUAGCUACUAGAUCAGUUAAGAUUAUACAUUAUUCGAAUGUUUUAAAUAAAGUUCUGCUCACCAUUCACGUUCCUGUGGAAGAGGAAUUAGAAACUAUAAGUAAACAGGAUUACAUCACUGAUUGUUGUAUCGGAUGCGUUUGGAAUAUUUCCGAACCUUCGAUGCCGAAGAAAUUAUUCUAUUCGCAAUGCCCUAUUACGGCUUGUUGCUUUCACUUAACGAAUUGCAACACAGUAUUUGCCGGACUCGAGGAUGGAUCGUUGAGUCUUUGGGACCUUAAGGAGGAUGAGAUGUGGCAUCAGAAGAUUACAGAUAAAGCUAACGAGUUAGAAUGGGUGAUCAGAACGCCUACUUACACGACAACGGCAGAGUUAGAUGCACAUACAUCGCAAGUUAUUGCGAUACGCGUACUGUCUAAGAUCGAAACUACUUAUGCUAAAGAAAGGAGCAACAAGUUUAUUCCUAUUCAGAUAUGUAGUUUAGAUGAAGAUGGUUGCCUCAUAAUAUGGAGUAUUUUGCAUAACAUGGGUAUGAAUAUAGAUGAUUUAGGGCUUUCUCACUGGGGUAACAUAAGACUCGUAAAGAAUCAGAAAAUGUUUUUGAUGAAGAAAGACUCAGAAAUAAUGAACAUGUUUGUCGAUAUGCAUGUAGACAGUGCAAACACAAACAAUAUUUAUAUUGCAACUAACAAUACUGAUGUCUUGCAUGCUACUUAUAUUGGUAAUAGAACUAAUCCAUUAACAUACAAACCAGCUGAGAUAAGUAAAUGCGGUACUUCAACUUGCAUUGAUGUUUGUCCUUUUGGUCAAUCCUUUUUCUGGGUUGGCUGUAACGACGGAACAAUUCGACUUCAUUAUUUAAAUAUAGAGAGACCGAUCGUACAAUUGAAAAACGAACAGUAUUCGGACGAGAUUAAAGCAUUGCAAUGGUCGAAAACGAAACCGUUGACUGUAUAUAUUCUGGAUAAUAGUUCUCGAAUUCAUGUAUGGGAUUUGAGUAAGAGUGAUAUCUGCCCUAUACAUAUAUUACCUAUGGGAAAGUGGGGAAAGAUAAGCAGCAUGCAGCUAUCCCCUUGCAUAAUAGAUCAAGAUAUGACGAAUCAAUAUCUGGCUAUUGGCAUGGAAUCUGGUAACAUAGAAAUACAUAAACUGAAGAAAGAUUUCUAUUACUCAAAGAAAGAGGAAUUUUUACAAGAACUAGACAUAUUUUCGCGAUACGUUUCAAUAUCAUAGAGGAAAAUAUAUAUAUUAAUAAAGUGAGAAUACAGGCAUUAAUAAUUUGUUUAGAAUUAUAUUGUUAUUUUCGAGAAUUGGAUAUAGAAAGAUUCACAGAUUUUAUACUUCCAGUGUAUAUGUGCACUUGCAAUUAUUGCAAUAGAUAAUUAAGAUGCUAGUCACAGAAAGUAAUAUUUACAAGGGAAUGAUUGGAAUUCCUCAAUUGAUUUUUAUGAACUUUGGAUAUGUUGUAGAGCAUGAAAAAAUAUUAGACUCAUAUUUUUUUGUUUGUGCUUAUCUCGAGGUUUAGAAGAUGAAACAAUCCUUCAAA